AUGCAUGUUGCUGGAGAUGAACUAGCCCACCAAAACUGGGCCGAAGCUGUGGCUGCUGCCGUUUAUGUGCUGAAUCGGAGUUUCACCAGUGCAAUAGAAGAUUGCACUCCAUAUGAGAAGCUUACUAGAGAAAAACUGGUUGUAGACCACCUUAGUGUCUUUGACUGUGUGGCAUACAUGCUCAUAGACUCUCAACCUCGGGGAAAGUUUAAAGCAAAUGCAGAUCGGUGCGUGCUUCUAGGCUACAGCUUUAAGUCCAAGUUGAAGUCAAUGAAGACAGCAGCACAGCAUCCUGACAGAAGGGGUCAAUACCCACUAAUUGAACUAUUGCUAACUCAGCAAGUGAAGAAAAAGGAGACAAUAGGACCUGAAAGCGACACUUAUUGUAAGAGGUACAGGUUGUUAACUAAUGUGAAUGAAGAGUGUUUUUUUGCAUUUGCAGCUAGUGAUCCUACCAACUAUGCGACGGCAAGCAAAUUCAAGGAGUGGGAUCAAGCCAUGAAAGAAGAAAUUCAUUUCAUUAUAAAGAAUAAUACUUGGGAGCUCACCACUCUACCCAAACGAAAGCAAGCUGUUUGCCUCAAGUGGGUCUUCAAAUCCAAAUAUAAUGCAGAUGGGACCCUGAACAAGAGAAAGGCUAGACUUGUAGCCAAAGGAUACUCUCAAGUAAAGGGGGUGGACUUCACAGAGGUAUACUCUCCUGUUGCUAGAUUGGAGACCAUAAGAAUUAUUCUGGCUUUGGGAGCACAACAAGGAUAG